AUGGCGGACAGCUACCCUGCGGCCCUUGGGGCAAGGCUGAUGGAUGGCUUCUUCUGUGGGAAUGUGUGCGUCGCGCGUACCUACCUUGGGGAGCUGGUUGAUUCUGAGAAUGAAGCUCGCGCUUUUGGCACCCUGGGUGUCGUCUUCUCGCUUGGGCUCUUUGUGGGCCCUGUGUUGGGAGGCGCUCUUGCGAAGCCGGCAGAAUGGGCGCCCGGGCUCUUCGAAUCUACCAUUUUCGAGCGCCACCCCUUCUUGCUGUCGAACUUGAUUUUUGCAUGCCUGGUGGCCUGUGUGUUCCUCCUGGGCGUCGUAGCCUUGAAGGAGACCCGUCGACCCCGUGAACAGGACCGCUCUUUCCUUGCAGCGGAAGGUAGUGGCGAAGGAGAAAGGCAGCAGCAAAGUGUACUGCAGAGUCGCCGACUCUGGCAACUUCUGGCAGCUAGCAGCUUGCUAUACGGCUAUGUGGCUGCACGCCUGAACACCUUCGUGCUCGUCUCUUCGCUGCCUCAGAGUCUGCAUGGACUGGAGGUCUCCUCUCACCAGUUUGCUUACAUCCAGACCUUUGCGGCACUUAUGCUCUUCUU